ACCUUCAAGAAGAUUGGCAAGGUGUUCCGCAGGGAGGAGGACUCCACGGUGGGGAUGCUGCAGAUCGGGGAGGACGUGGACUAUCUGCUCAUCCCCCGGGAGGUCAGGCUGGCGGGAGGCGUGUGGAGGGUCAUCUCCAAGCCCGCCACCAAGGAGGCGGAAUUUCGCGAGCGGCUGACCCAGUUUCUGGAGGAAGAAGGCCGCACACUGGAGGACGUGGCCCGCAUCAUUGAGAAGAGCACCCCACACCCGCCCCAGCCCCCCAAAAAGCCCAAGGAGCCCCAGGUGAGGAGGAGAGUCCAGCAGAUGGUGACCCCUCCCCCGCGGCUGGUCGUGGGCACCUAUGACAGCAGCAACGCCAGCGACAGCGAGUUCAGUGACUUCGAGACCUCCAGAGACAAGAGUGACAAGAGUGACAAGGGUCACAAAGGCGCGGGGCGCAGCAGGAAGGUGCGCAAAAUGCCAGUCAGUUACCUGGGCAGCAAAUUUCUGGGGAGCGACCUGGAGAGCGAGGACGAUGAAGAGCUGGUGGAGGCCUUCCUGCAGCGAGGGGAGAAGAAGCCCAGCGCGCCACCUGCCCGCCGCCGCGUGAACCUGCCCGUGCCCAUGUUUGAGGACAACCCCAGGCCACAACUGUCCAAGGCGGACAGGUGGCGAGAGUAUGUCAGCCAGGUGUCCUGGGGCAAGCUGAAGCGGAGGGUGAAGGGUUGGGCGCCCAGGUCCAGCCCCGAGGGGAGCGAGGCCCAGCAGGCCUUUCCCAGGCUAGAGAGAGUUGGGGCAUCAGGGCCGGGCAGAGCCAGCCAGGGGCAUAAUGUGGGCAACACAGAAGAUGGGCAGGGGCCGGAGACACCCCCAAGACGAUGGAAGCCCAAAAUCAAAUGGGCCUCUUUUCGCCGUCGCAGGAGGGAGGAAGCAGCAUCCACAGAUCAGGGGACAGGGGCUGCAGGUGAUCAGAGGGCAGAGGCUGCAGAUAAUCAGAGGGCAGAGGCUGCAGAUGAUCAGAGGGCAGAGGCUGCAGAUGAUCAGAGGGUAGAGGCUGUAGAUAAUCAGAGAGCUGAGGCUGCAGAUGAUCAGAGGGCUGAGGCUGCAGAUGAUCAGGGGGCUGAGGCUGCAGAUAAUCAGGGGGUAGAGGCUAUAGAUAAUCAGAGGGCAGAGGCCAUACCUGUCCAGGGGGCAGAGGCUGAGGAUAAUCCAGGGGCAGAAGCCAUAGCUGUCCAGAGGGCAGAGGCUGCAAAUAAUCAGAGGGAAGGGGCUGCAGAUAAUCAAAGGGCAGAGGCCCCAGUUGUCCAGGAGGCAGAGGCUGCAUCUGAUGGGGCAGAAGCCAUAGCUGACCAGAGGGCAGAAGCUGUGCAGAACCAAAGGGCAGAAGCCCCAGCUGCCCGGGGGGCCAUAGGGACAACCCAAGGAGCUAAGGCCCGGAAACAGGUCAAGACAGUGAGGUUCCAGACCCCUGGACGUUUUUCGUGGUUUCGCAAGCACCGGAGAGCCUUCUGGCACACUCCCCGAUUGCCAACCCUGCCCAAGAGAGUCCCCAGGGCAGGCGAGGCCAGGAGCCUUAGGGUGUUGAGGGCAGAGGCCAGAGCAGAAGCAGAGCAGGGAGAACGAGAAGACCAGCUGUGAGGUGAGGGCAGGGGCUCCCUGGAGCUCACUGCCACCUGCCAUGCUGUCACCACCCAGGGCGUGGCCUCCCCCUCCCGAGCUGGGAUGGAGAUGCCCUUCCUGUGGCCAUACUUGAAAAUGGAGCUGGACAAGGGCCGGGCAGCGGGCCUCCCAUCUCCACCCAACACCCCUCUGUCUUGUUAAAAGUUUAUCUUUCAUGCAUUGAUUUUUAAAAAAAAAACAGACUCUUUCUAGUCACCCAAGGAACGUAAAGAAAGAGCCGUACAAAGGGGUUGCAUCACUCAUGAUUUUAACUUCUCCAGUGCAACUCUAGGUGCUCAGCUUGAAGGGGGGGGGAAGUGGUGGAGAAAUUCUCUCCCCUCCCCUCUCCCUUUCUCUUCUUUUCUACUGCCCACUUAACAUUGGCUGCCUCCUUGAACUUAAAAAAAAGGGCGCAAGCCAACAUGCAAAUAAAAAUGUU